UUUCUGCAGAAUUGAAUUUUCUCUUCUUGGGGCCAGACCUGAGCAUGUGGGUGCUAUAAAACUCCUCCUUUGCCAGCUCUGGUUUCUGCAGAAUUGAAGCUUCUCUUGUUGGGGCCAGACCUGAGCAUGUGGGUGCUAUAAAACUCCUCCUUUGCCUGGACUGCAGGAGAGCAGUCCCUGCUCCAUCCUGCAAGUGCUGAACACGCCAGGACUCUCCAUCUGCCACCUCCACAGCUCCAGGUACUGGCCCAGGAAGGGAAUGUGGUGACAUCUGUGGGACCUCCAGGCAGGAAUAAACAUGUCAGCUUUGGAGCUGGGGAGGCCGAGGAGUUGUGCAGCUGUCCUUGGGUCACUCCUCACUGCUGCUCUCGUUGUGGCUGUCCACAGUCAGUGCGCGGCUCCGCCGCGGUCGCCGUCGGCAGAGCCCAAGGAGCGGCUGGAGGGCCACCAGCUCUUCCCCUCUGGCUACAGGAUGGCGUUCGUGUGCCGGCCGGGCUUUGGGAGAAACCCUCGCACCUCCAAUGUCCUCGUCUGUGGAGUGAACGGGGUGUGGCAUGGAUCCAGUGAAAUCUGCAUACCCAAGGCGUGCAGCUACCCCGGGGAGCCGGCCAAUGGCAGACUGCUCUUGCCUGGAGCGUUCACUUUUGGUUCCAAAGUGAACUUCACCUGCAACACCGGGUACAGACUGAUUGGACGCUCUGAGAUUGAAUGUGUGCUCAGAAAUGAGGUUCUUACAUGGAGCAGUGAUGUUCCCAUCUGUCAGGCAAUUCCCUGUGCACCCCCUCCAGAAAUAGCAAAUGGGCAGCACAGUGGGAUGGACAAGGAGCAUUUUGAGUAUGGAGACUCUGUCACCUAUCAGUGCCACAGGUCCAGGAGGGGAGAGAAACCUUUCUCCCUGGUGGGAGAGGCUUCCAUUUUCUGCACAAGCUUGGACAACUUGAAUGGUGUGUGGAGCAGCCCAGCUCCAGAAUGCAAAGUGGUGACCUGCAAGCAGCCAAGAGUGGAGAAUGGGAAUCUGCUGAGCGGGUACCGGCCCGAAUACAGCUUUGGGGACACGGUGGUGUUCGACUGUGACUUCCGCCACAGCCUCAGCGGCAGCAGCGCCUCCAGCUGCAGGGACAGCGGCCACUGGGAGCCCCCCCUGCCCCUCUGCCAGCGCAGCAGCUGCGAUGACCCCCCAGAUGUGAGGAAUGCCAUGAAAACCAGGCUGGCUGGCAAUCUGUUCCCUGUGGACACCGUGGUCACCUACGAGUGCCAGCAGGGCCACCAGUUCAGAGCGGGGGAAACCACCUGGAACAUCAGCUGCCUGCAGGAUUUUGUGUGGAGUGAAACCCCAACUCCGUGUGAAAGAAUUCCUUGCCCAGAUCCAGACUUCCCAAAUGGGAAGCCCUUGCACCCAUGGCAAGUGAAGGAGGUUUAUGAGAGCGGGGACAGGCUGGAGGUGGAGUGCAGUGAAGGAUUUGCUUUCAAAGGCCACGGCAGCAGCAGCAUCACCCUCCGCUGUGGCAACGAUGGUGGAUGGGAUCCAGCAGUGCCAGAGUGCAUCCCAGAACCACAUUGCCCAAAGCCAAGCAUCCUUCAUGGAAAAGAGGUUUAUAAAAGCAGGAGUGACUACACAGUGGGGAGCCGGGUGAGGCUGGCCUGUGAGGAAGGCUUUGCCCUCAGGGGCUUGGAGACCAUCACCUGUGGGGCUGAUCUGAGCUGGGAGCCCGUGAUGCCCUUCUGUGACAAAGUCUGUGGGCCCCCUCCCCAGAUCCCCUUUGGGCAGCACUCUGGCAGAGGUGCCACAGGGUUCCCUUAUGGCACCAAGGUGACCUACAGCUGUGCAGAGGGGCUGUCCCUCAUCGGGGAUGAGUCCCUGCACUGCACCUCCGAGGAUGGGGAGAACAUGACCUGGAGCGGGCCUGCCCCGGAGUGCAGGGUGGUUCGGUGCCCCAGGCCCGUGGUGGAGAGGGGAAGGAUGACCCCACAGACCUUCACCUUUCCCUACGGGCUGCUCCUGCACUUCUCCUGUGACCAAGGCUUCAGGCUGCAUGGCGCUGCCCAGAGCCAGUGCCUGGCUGAUGGCGCCUGGCACCCACCCCUGCCCACCUGCCAGCCAGUUCAGUGCCCCAGGCUCCCGAGGCAGGAUGAUGUUCUGGUUCACUUCAACCAGAUGUGGUAUGAGGUGAAUGCCACGGUGCCCUUCUACUGCAAACGUGAUGGGCGCUUUGGGGCACCUUCCAAAACCACCUGCUCAGCUGAUGGCACCUGGUCACCACCCCCCACGUGUAGGAAGAGUGAUGUGUGUGAGAGGGUUCUUCGAAACAAAGCAGCUUUCCAGUGUGGAAUUCCUCUGUCAGAUCUGAAAACCCAGCUGGAAGUCCAGAAGCUCUUCCUGGAGAUCCAGAAACUUGAAAAGGAGCUAAAAAUCACCACCUACAGCUGACUGGUGACACUGGGAUUGCAGGAACCAUCCUCUGUGUGUUGGAUCAUGACAGUGACUGAGGAUUUUUAUGACUCUGUAGUUUGUGCUAAUGCUGAGGUAGCCAGGACAAAAUUUAACCAUCGACCACAGAUUUGGUCGUGUGAGGAGUCAGUGACUUGUGAGCCAAUGACUCGUGGGUCAGGUUUUAGAGCUCACCAGGUUCAGUUUGUACAUCACUUUACACCUUUUAAAGCUUCACAUUUAGAUCUGUUUGCUACACUGGCAGUGCACAGUUAGGAAGGAACUGAGUGGAAAGUGAAUUUUGGUGGUAGAAACAGGCAUGAACUUGGUGACAGCUGCUGCACCUCUCCAGUCCAUCCCAGUGCUGCCCAGUUCACCCACGCUGCACUCAUUAGUGGGAACAACUCCUUCACUGCCUAAUUACUUUUCUCAUGACCAAGAAAACCUCCAAGCCUCUUUCCUAGCAAAGCAAAAAUGCCAGGUAUUCUUCCCAAGCAGGAUGGAAGUGCCACACUCUGUGUGUGCCCCAAGGACAAAUAAUAGUGUACAGAAAGAAAUGAAUGGUUUGGAAACUUUUUUUCUGCAACAUCCAGUGAAGGGGAAGCACUGUGAGGGCCACUUGUCUUGUGGUGGGACCAGAAAUUAAAAUAAACCUGAAAUACUGACA